AUGGCGGCCCCUUCAAGACCCAACAGCAAGUGGUCGGCCACCGCAUCACCAAAGGGGCCUUGCACUCCCGCACCCUCUGACAGCGGUCGAUCACUACGACGCUCUCCUCAAAAGCCCCAGACUCCAGGCCGCGCCACUCGUUCAUCCGCUGCUGCCAGCGGCCCUUCCUCCGAGUCCUCCGCCUCCAUCUCUCAGAGCAACAAGCCUCAAACACCAGGACGCCCCCCUUCGCAGACACCAAAGAAACGCAAGCCAGUCUUCGUCUCAUGCGUCAACUUUCCGCAGGGCGGCCAGGUUCCAACUCCGGCAGUCAAGACAGAGCAGGAGCUGCAGCGCAAUCAGCGCAAGUCAAAGCAGGACGCAAUCUCAAAGUUGGACCGUGCUGGCACGCCGUCCACCACUCCUGCACCUUCUGGCCCCACCGCCACGUCGUUUGUGCCCCCAGCACCACCUCCUGCUGGUCCCAGUGUCCAGCGCAAUCCUCUCAAGCGCACUCGUGUGGUCAAUCCACCCUUCGACAUCAACUCCGUUCGCACCACUGCGCCGUCUUCUGACCCGGAGCGGAGCAACAAGCCCCGUCUCUUCGACCUCCCGACCUGUCCAGCAUAUUACCCUACGCACGACGAGUUUGACAACCCCAUGGCAUACAUUGACUCCAUCGCCCCCGAGGCCAAGAAGUAUGGCAUCUGCAAGAUCAUCCCACCGGACGGAUGGCAAAUGCCCUUCAUGCUCGAAACCGACAACUUCCGAUUCACAACCCGGCUGCAGCGUCUCAACUCGAUCGAGGCAGCUUCCCGCGCCAAGAUAAACUUCCUCGAGCAGCUCAGCAUGUUUCACAAGCAGCAGGGCGAUGCUACCGCCUACAUCCCUAGAGUGGAACAUCGAUUGCUCGACCUCUGGCGCUUGAGGAAGGAGGUGAACAAGUUGGGAGGUGUCGACGAGGUCAAUCGCCUCAAGGCGUGGACAAAGAUCACCGUCGAUCUCGGAUACCAGGCGACUGCGACGACGCAGGUCAAGGCGGCGUACAUCAAGAUAGUGCUCCCUUUCGAAAACUGGGCACUACGGGCAAAGUCGUACCCAGAGUCGCCACCCGGCUCGGGUCCCGGAAGUGCGGUCACGGCCGCUCACAGCACCAUCCACAACAGUCCAUCCACCCCGACGGCCAACGGCAAGGCGACGGGGAUGCGGACAUCACCCCGCUCGCGCAUGUCUGGCGCCUCACAAUUGACCGCCAUGGCCUCGGGCCCUGAAACGGGGUCUUCCAUAGCAGGUGGCAGUGGUGCACUUGCACCCCCAGCCAAAAUUCGACUCAAGGUCCCAGGCUUCCAUACCGACAGCCACGGCAGCGAUAGCGAGCUGAGCGAGGAAGAAUCCUCACGCGCAUCUUCCUCGGAUUCCUCAGAGCCGCCAAAGUACGAAAAGGGUGAUGUCUGCGAGAUCUGUGGUCUGGGAAACCAUGCGCCAAAGAUAUUGCUGUGUGACGGCUGCGACAGAGGGUUCCACACUUAUUGCCUCGAUCCACCUUUGGCGAGUGUGCCUGAAAACGAGUGGUUUUGCACUGCCUGCCUCCUUGGUAAUGGUGAUGACUACGGCUUUGACGAGGGUGAGGAGCACUCGCUUCCAAGUUUCCAGGCGCGCGAUGCCGCAUUCACAGAAGAAUGGUUCACCAAAUACGCCCCCUCACACUCUACCCCGGGGCUCUUCACACGUCAAAUUGGCACCUCGAUCGUCUCCGAGGACGAUGUGGAGCGUGAAUUCUGGCGUCUCGUCGAAAGUCAGGAGGAUACUGUCGAAGUCGAGUACGGCGCCGACGUGCACUCUACCACCCACGGAAGUGCCGCUCCGACUCUGGAAACAUUCCCCACUCAUCCUUUGUCGCGCGACGGAUGGAAUCUCAACAAUAUGCCCAUCGUGUCAGACUCGUUGCUGCGGUACAUCAAAUCGGAUAUCUCGGGGAUGACGGUGCCCUGGAUCUACGUGGGCAUGCUCUUCUCGGCAUUCUGCUGGCACAACGAAGACCACUACACGUACAGUGUCAAUUACAUGUUCUGGGGUGAGACCAAGACCUGGUACGGUAUUCCAGGCGACCAAGCGGACAAGUUUGAAGACGCGAUCAAACGUGAGGCGCCAGAGCUUUUCGAGCGCCAGCCAGCUCUUCUCUAUCAGCUGGUCACGAUGAUGAACCCUGGCCGCUUGCGAGACCAAGGUGUGGACGUUUAUGCCUGCGAUCAGAGGCCAAACGAGUUUGUCAUCACCUUCCCUAAGGCGUACCAUUGUGGCUUCAACCACGGCCUCAAUUUCAACGAGGCCGUAAACUUUGCCCUCCCGGACUGGCUCAAGGAUGGACACGAAUCAGUCCGGCGAUAUGCCCAACACGCCAAGCCUCCCGUCUUCUCCCACGAAGAGCUCUUGAUCACUAUCACGCUGUACUCGGACACCAUCAAGACAGCUCUAUGGCUCCAGGACAACCUUCGGGUAAUGUUGGACGAGGAAACCGCCGGGCGGGACAAUCUGCGAGCGUCACUACCUGGCAUUAACGAAGUUCUUCACAAUGAGGACGUUCCCGAGGCGCAGUACCAGUGCUGCGUGUGCAAAGGGUUCUGCUACUUGUCGCAGGUUACCUGCACUUGCACCAAUGUGGUGUCGUGCCUCGACCACUUUGACCUGUUGUGCGGUUGCGCCCCCUCGCAGAAGACUUUGCGGAUGCGUUACUCUGAAGACCAGCUGCGGGAAAUUGUCCAAGUAGUUGAGGCUCGAGCCGCUCAACCCGAAGCUUGGCAGAACCGGCUCGAGUCUCUGCUUGAAACCGCGAGGCCGCAGCUUAAGAGCAUCAAGCAGCUGGUAGCUGAUGGGGAUCGCAUCCCGCAUGUGCUCGAGGGCUUGGACGAUGUGCGCGCGUUUUUGCAGCGAGCCAGCGCAUGGGUGGACCGUGCGACCGCUAUAUUUACUCGAAAGAGCGCUGCUCGUCGGCGUAAGGGUCGGCAAAGCGAACUGGCUGCAGGGGACGAUGACGAUGUGGACCGCAGUCCCGCAGCUCUUCGCUCCCUUGUCGCAGAGGCCGAGAAGCUUGCGUUUGACGCACCCGAGAUAGGCCAACUGCGCCAAGUUGUUGCCCAGAUGGACCAGUUCGAGAGCGAUGCCGCGGACAUCCUCUCCAAGCCUGAUGACGCCCUCGACUAUGAUACGUGCUCGACUGCCUUGAUUCUGGGGGAGAGCUUGAACCUCGACCUGCCAGUUGUUUCUCAGCUCCGCACCGUUGUCAAUCGUCUGCAGUGGUUCCGCAAGAUCGACGAAGAAGUGGACGACCGCACACUGCAGUACAUGGACAUUCUCCACCUCCUCGAAGAGGCCAAAGAGUACGGUGUGUCCGACAAUCACCCACAUGUUGUUGAGUUGCAGCGGCUCGCGCAGUUGGGGCGCGAGUGGGUAGAGGCCGUCGACACCCUCCUGACGUCGAAAUCAAUCACGAUUGAGGCUGUGACCCACCUGAUCGAAGGCCAUGAGUAUACGCCGACCUCCUUGGAAAAGAUGCGCCAACUGGAGAACAUUCGCAAGGUUGCGACGUCUUGGCAGUCAACUGCUGCUGGGUUGAUGGAGAGCCGCGGUUCAGCUGCGACAGCCCAGCGGCUUCUCAAGACCGUCAGCUCGGCAAACGGCCCCAUGCGUCGCGUACACAUCCCAGAGGUCACGCAGCUUUCCCGAGAGCUUGAGCACAUCGAUGAGUGGCUGCAGUCAAUCGCCCGGACCCUUAAUGUCGCGGAGAAGAGCGUUUUUCAGUCGCUCAAGACUCUUGCGCGCGAGAUCGAGGAACAUUUGGCCGAGGACGACGACACGCCGAACGACAAUCACGCGUGCUUUUGCCGCUGGCCGGCCACCCCAAACAUGGUGACCUGCCUGGUCUGCGAGGGGACAUAUCACCCCAAGUGCGUCGGCAUCACCGCCAAGACAGCUGCAGGGAUUCAGGCGGCUUCCGAGUCGUUCCAGUGCCAGAUGUGCAUCAAGCUCCAGUAUGACGAUCGCCCGUCUUUCGACAAGCUAGCGUUGCACGUCGAUCCCGUGAGGUACAAGUUCGCGCUUCACCCGCCCGAGUGGGAUAUCAUCAAAGAUGCCUUGGAGCACACGCUUCGGUAUGCGGAAAGGGUCGUGAAUCUCAUCGUUUCGCCCAACGCCCCGUCUCGCAAGGAUGCACCCGAGAUCAGUCAUCUCUUGCGCAAAAUUUGGACCCUGCCGGUUCUGCUGGACGCCUGGAACCACGUUACCAACCAGAAGAUCAUCUUUGAGGACUGGCUGUACCACCGCCUGCGUGAGCUCACAGACACAACGACAGGUGUGCCAAAGGGUGCUGCUGCUGGCGCUGGGCGGCUACGCGCGCGCAAGCCCCGCUUUGACUUCUAUCAUGCGGCGGCGCACGCGUUCCAAUGCCUCUGCUCCAGAGACCCGCCUGAUGCCCACCUCACGGUUGAGUGCGGCAAGUGUGAGCAGGGCUUCCACGCGUCGUGCGUCAAGGCGCCAAUCAACAGCAACUCGCGUGUCGCAUGGAAGUGUCCAUUUUGCAUUGUCAAGCAGGGCAAGCCCGCCCCGCGUGGCCCUGAUAUUCGGGUCCAGAUGACCAGCUCGUCUGGCACUGAUGAGUACGUCGACUGGCGGCAGAGCAUCUUCGUGUACUCGGAGACGCCCAUCAUGGUCACACUGCCACCAAAUGAUGAUGCCGUGAUCCUUUUCGCCACCGAGUACCACGGCCCCGCCUUACCUGAGAACUUC